GAUUCACACCGCGUCCAAUGUUUGGUCCUGGAAGCGCUGCAGAUGUUGACAGACGUUUUGCUGCAGACACAAGUUAGCGGCUAGCAGUCCAUGGUUAUAUAGUCAAAGCCUGAAUCAUAGUGAGAGAGAGAGAAACUUUAACAAUUUUGACAACUUAAGUAUGACCACACCAGAAGAGGAUGCAAAUUUUUCACAUAAAAUAUAUAAGAAUGACCCAAUUUUAUUUAAUAGUUAUGUUGGAAAAGAAAUCAAGAUAACGAUGAAAGAUGAAGAUGUUCACCAUGGUGUUGUUUAUACGAUUGAUCCAGUAUCAGAGAGUGUUGUGCUUCUGCAGCCUAAGAAAUCUACAACAUAUAGUUUGAAAAUAAUAUCUGGCCAUUCAAUUAAAAAUAUGAAAGUAACAUCUGAAGAGAAAAAGAUUGUGCCAGAGCUAUUUUUACCACCGUCUAUGAAAGUUUCUCAAGCAACAGUCAUUGAAAGAAAAAACACUAUUAAACAAUUAUUGCUGGAGAAUCGAUUUCCAAUUAAGGAAGAAGGUGAUAUUCUGAAAAUUGAAGAUACUGUAACGAUAGAACCUCCAUAUUAUCCAGAAAAUUGUACAUGUACUAACAGUAUUAUUUUUAAUAGAAUACAAAGCAUUUUAACACGUAGACAAAAUAAAAUUAUUCUUCAGAAUGUUCCAAUAUAUCUCCACAUGGAUAUGGUUUUACGUAAAAUUAAGUAUCAUUUUACAUGCAUAGAAUGAGAUACACAGAAGUAUAAUUCAAUUAAUCAGUUCUUUGUAAUAUAAUAAUAAUAUAUUUUACCAAAGGAGAGAGCAUUCGUUUUGCUAAUUACAAAAAUAGCUUUAUGAUUGUUAGGAAUGCAUAUACUGCAAAAUUCAGGAAUGUUAAAAACGGCCGACUAUUUUAUAAUGGAUAUGUCUCGUUCAUCUUCCAACGAUCGAUGCCGGCGUUAAGCUUCAAAAGAAGUCAUCUUCUAAUACAAAAUAGCUUCCCGCUUCGCAGAGCAAUAUUCUUGCUUAUGCGAUGCUAAUACACUUUAGGAAUGUGCUUAUUCUCUGGAAAGUAUAACUGUUUGACAUUACUUAUAUUUUUUUUAAUAUAGAAAUCUGUACGAUGUGAAAUAACGCAAAGAUUACGAAUAAUUCGAUAAGAAUAGAAUAUUCAUACGCGUUCAUACUUAUUUAGAAGUUGUGCUCGAAUUAACUGUUUUAUAGUACGAUUGCGUAAGCGUAUAAAAAAAACGCAGGUUUGAACAGAACAUAGUUGUUACGAUCAGUUUUUAUCGCAUCGUAAUAUUUAACACUAGACGUAAUUGAAUACAAUGUUUAUGCGAUGUAUAAUCUUUAUGUUAAAUAUAGCAUUGCUGACAUAA